AUGCGACUAUCAUCAGUGGCAUUGUUUAAUCCAUCCGAAUUUUACUUCACUAUACUUCGCUCUCGUUCACGUUCACCGACGAUGACAUCAUCUUAUCGACGCGAUCGUUCGUAUUCACCGUACAAUCAUACAAAUGACGAUGGUGAAAAUGGUUGUCGUAUUCAUGUAGCUGAUCUUUCGUCGAACUGCACAAAACGUGAUAUAGAAAAAGCGUUUAAUAAAUGGCCAAUUAUUGAAGUCUGGCAUGCACAAGCUUCGUGUUUUGCUUUUGUUGUACUGCGUCAUCGCCAAGAUGGGCAACAUGCCAUCAGCGAACUUGACGGCCGAUGUAUUGGAGACGCACGUGUUCGAGUGUCCUUAGCUCGACCACGCACUCGUAGUCAUGCAGGAAGAAAUUUCGAUCCAAAUAUGCGAUGUUAUCAAUGUGGUUCGCGAGGUCAUUUUAGUCGAGACUGUGGUAAUGAUCAACGUAAACACAAAUAUGCUUCUGACUACGAGAAUUACUUGAAAGUAUGGACAUUUCAAAAAAGACCAAGAUCUCGUUCACAUGACCGUCGACGCGAACGAUCUUAUUCACGAUCUCGCUCUCGAACUCUUCGUGAUACUCGUCGAUAUAGUCCUCGGCGAACGUCACCAUCGUCUAAUUACGAAAGUCGUGCGAAUGGACAUGGCUAUUACACAAGCCCACCACGAACAUGA